AUGCUGCGAGAAGGCCGCGACUCCUCACGGGGUGACUGCCUCGCGCUGGUCGCUGCGAACCGACUGCUAACCCGCGUCCCUUGCGGCGGCGCCGAAAGCGCUCGGUGGGUGUACGAUUCCACCACCAUGGCCUUUCACCCCGCGCAAGACACGUCCCUGUGCCUCGACAUCUUCUCUUUCUCCUCUCUCGGCGUGUACUGGUGUCACGGCGGCCCCAACCAGCUCUUUCGGAGCUCGGAGCGGGAGGUGCACUGCUCGCCCUACGACGAGCGCUUCUGCGUGUCGGUCGUGAGCGGCCGGUCGGGCGAGGAUGCACGAAGGAGAGGCGAGGAGGGACCCAAAGACGAACUGCGGUGA